GGGCUUGUGCAUGAAUUGGAAAUUAAAAAUCUAUCCUGUGGGGGUCACUGGACCACAGAUUGAGGGAAGUGUAAUAACUAAUAUGUCAUAUUCCUUCGGUAAUUUUCUCUUCUUUCGGUGCAUCCUGCUUCAAAAUCACGGGACACCCAACAAACUUUUACCGAAACAUGCCAACCUUGCCUUGCGUACCAAAAUUCUCCUCUCCAACCGCACUCAGAGUCACAUGAGAGAUGAAAAACUUCAACUAUGUUCAAAAUUUCAUGCCGCCCUCGUGCUAUAAUCAACUCUCCUACUUGUCCUAGUAUUCUUUGCGUUUCCACAUUCCUCUUACUACAACACUGACUCAUAGACCAAACCAAAAUCACCACCACCACCUCUUUGCAUUCAUUCUGGCCAUGUUAUCCAACCAAUUUUUCCAGCUGAGGCCGGUUUUAUUGCUUCUCUUUCUAUGCUUUCUCAGCCUGAUAUCAUUCUCCAAAUCCAGUGAGCUUAAUUCACUUCUUCAAUUCAAGUCUGCUGUCCAGAACCCAGAUACCAAUCAUGUUUUCAGUUCAUGGACACAAGCCAACUCCUUAUGCAAUUUCACUGGGAUUGCAUGCAACUCCAAUGGACUUGUCAGAGAAAUCAAUCUUCCCCAACAAAAUCUACAUGGGAUUCUUCCAUUUGAUUCAAUAUGCUCGCUUCAGUCUCUUGAGAAACUCUCUCUGGGGUCCAAUUUUUUGUACGGUACCAUCACUGAGGACUUGAAGAAUUGUACUAGUUUGCAACACUUGGACCUGGGUUUGAAUAAAUUUUCUGGAAAAGUCCCUGACUUGUCUCCUUUGAGCAAACUAGAGUACUUGAAUUUGAACAACAGCGGGUUUUCUGGGCCAUUUCCAUGGAGAUCAUUGGAAAAUCUUACGAGUCUCACUUUCUUAAGCCUUGGUGACAAUUUCUUUGAACCAAGUACUUUUCCUGUGGAAGUCUUUAAGCUUGAGAAAUUGUACUGGCUUUACCUCUCAAACUGCAGCCUUACAGGACCAAUUCCAGAAGGUCUUGGAAACCUUACUCAGCUCAUAAAUCUUGAGCUUUCUUGUAACCAAUUGACUGGUGAAAUCCCAGCUGAUAUUGGAAAACUCAAGAACCUUUGGCAACUUGAGCUUUACAAAAAUUCAUUGACAGGGAAGCUCCCAGUUGGAUUUGGAAAUCUUACUAGUCUUGAGAACCUUGAUAUGAGUCGUAAUAACCUCCAAGGCAGUAUUUCUGAGGUAAGAUUCUUGACAAACAUUGUUUCUUUACAACUCUUUGAGAACCAGUUCACUGGGGAGGUACCUGAAGAGAUUGGGGGGUUCAAGAACCUCAGUAAUUUUUCACUCUACAGGAACAAGUUCACUGGUCCUUUACCUCAAAAGCUUGGCUCUUUAGCGGACUUUUUUUACAUUGAUGUUGCAGAGAAUUUUUUGACGGGUCCUAUACCUCCUGAUAUGUGCAAGAAUGGUAUAAUGAUUGCCCUGAUUGUGAUGCAGAACAAGUUCACUGGUGGAAUCCCAGAAAGCUAUGCUAAUUGCUUGUCUUUGAUACGAUUGAGAGUAAAUAACAAUUCUCUUUCGGGUGUUGUUCCGGCUGGGAUAUGGAGCUUGCCGAACUUAUCCAUAUUUGAUCUUUCAAUGAAUCAAUUCGAAGGUCCUGUGGCAUCUAAUGUAGGUAAUGCUAAAUCUCUUGCACAAUUAUUUCUAAAUAACAAUCACUUCUCUGGUGAAUUACCAUUGGCAAUUUCCAAAGCUUCAUCAUUAGUAUCAUUAAAGCUGAGUUCAAAUCAAUUUUCGGGUCAAAUUCCGGAAACAAUUGGUAGAUUGAAGACACUAGGCAAUAUUUAUUUAGAUGAAAACAUGUUCUCUGGUUAUAUACCGGACUCAUUAGGCUCAUGUGUUUCCCUCAGUGAAAUAAACCUGUCUGGCAAUAAACUUUCAGGCAACAUUCCAGCAAGUCUUGGACAUUUGCCUAAUCUCAAUUCCUUGAACUUGUCCAAUAACGAACUUUCUGGUGAAAUUCCUACCAGUUUGUCAUCACUGAGAUUAACCCUUCUUGACCUAUCAAACAACCAGUUGAUUGGCCAUAUUCCCGACUCUCUAUCCAUCCUAGCCUUCAGUACCAGCUUUAAUGGAAAUCCAGGCUUAUGUAGUCAGAAUUUAAAGCAUUUCCAGCCAUGUUCAUCAGGGUCCACCAGCACACGGAGCCACCUCGGGACACUGGUAUCCUGUUUAAUUGCUGGAGCUGUGAUUCUGCUUCUUGUACUAGUGUGUUGCCUAUGUGUCAAGCUAAGACAUAAAAAUCUUGAUAGCCCAUUGAAGUCUAAUUCUUGGGAUAUGAAGCCUUAUCACAUACUUACCUUCACAGAGAAAGAGAUCAUUGAUGGCAUCAAAAAUGAGAAUCAGAUUGGUAAAGGAGGGUCAGGGAAUGUGUACAGGGUUGAAUUAACUGAUGGUAAAGAACUUGCUGUAAAGCACAUUUGGAUAUCAGAUUCGGGUGACCGGAAAAACUGGCAAAGCAGCUCGGCUAUCCUAACAAAAAGGAAUAUCCGGUCUGCUGAAUUUGAGGCCGAGGUGGCCACAUUGAGCUCUGUGAGGCACAUCAAUGUGGUGAAGCUAUACUGUAGUAUCACAAGUGAGGACAGUAAUCUUCUGGUAUAUGAGUACUUGCCCAAUGGGAGCUUGUGGGAUCGGCUGCACAAUUGUAGUAGGAAGAUGGAGAUGGGAUGGGAGGUGAGGUAUGAGAUUGCAUUGGGGGCUGCUAGAGGAUUGGAGUAUCUUCAUCAUGGGUGUGAUAGACCGGUGAUACACCGUGAUGUGAAAUCCAGCAAUAUUUUGCUGGAUGGGGAUUGGAAGCCAAAGAUUGCUGAUUUUGGGUUAGCUAAGAUUGUGCAGGCUACUGGAGGGGACUGGACCCAUGUCAUUGCUGGGACACUUGGAUACAUGGCUCCUGAAUAUGCAUACACAUACAAGGUAAAUGAGAAGAGUGAUGUCUACAGCUUUGGGGUAGUCCUAUUGGAGCUGGUCAUGGGAAAGAGGCCGAUUGAGCCUGAGUUUGGAGAAAACAAGGACAUAGUCGACUGGGUACGCAGCAAAAUCAGUAAUAAAGAGAGUGUGCUUGACUUAGUAGACUCAACCAUCUCAGAAGCCCUCAAGGAAGAUGCAAUCAAGGUGAUGAGAAUAGCAGUCCACUGCACAUCAAAACUUCCAAGUCUAAGGCCCUCCAUGAGAAUGGUAGUUCAGAUGCUGGAAGAGGCUGAGCCUUGUAAACUUACCAACAUUAUUGUCAACAAAGAAUGCCAAAACAGUUCAAAUGAGAGUCUGAAGAAUACUGGCAAGAUUGGAGCACUUGAAUUUGAAAGUAAAAUUUACUGACACCCAGGCCUUGGAGCAAUGGUCUAGUACAUUGGACAUCAUCUUGUUAGAGUCCAAAUAGAUUUAUGAGCUUAAACUAGGUAAGAAAGUCAUGGCAAGAAGGGAAAAAUCAUUUUGAUCUCUGCUCGUAAGGGACAGAGGUACAUAUUUUCAUUGUAUUUUAUAUGCAAUAGUCAUCCUCACAUUAAGCAAUUUACAUCAUGAAGGUUUUUUUUUU